AUGCUAAGAGAAAUAGAGCGAAUAGGUGGGACGAUCGUGUGGCGAAAAAGGCGGCCAGUGAAAGGCAACUCGGGAGAAAGAGAAGAGAAGAGUCGUGGCAAGCGCGUAGAUUGGCAGCUGCAGGCGGAAAUAGAGGCACCCGGAGCACGGAUCGAGCGACAGGAACGCUCGAUUGCCGGACAGACAGAGAGGGAGGAAAAAAUUAAGAGCAACGAGGAGUUGAGAGCAAAGAGGACAGCGGAUCGAAGUACGCGCCGCGUCGCGACCUGCCAAUUCAUGGCCGCGUCGCGAAUAUCGCACUCGAUCGCUGGACGCGUCGACAUUGAGAUAUCGCGAAUUAUCGCGCCGCCAGUCUGUCGUUGGUUUCGUUCAUUCGUAAAGCAAACGGUUCCGGUCGACCUAAGCGCACCGACGCGUUUCCGGGGCAAGGAAUCGCCUUUCAAGAACGUGUCAAUAAUUUCGCGAUUACGAUACGUAACCAGAUGGUCAAAUCGAUCGGUGGGACAGGAUCAGGUUAACGCAGUCCUUAGCGUAAAAGGUCAAAGGUGGCACAAUUAGCCGAACAUUAUUAAACGAUUGCGGUUACGGGACGAACCAAACGAACAAGGAAGAUUGACACGCGCGAUAAUCAUCCUCCGUGCAUCGAUAAGAAUCCUCUCGUG